AUCCAGAACCGACCAGGACCGAUCCAUCUCCAGCAGGAGCGCCCGGCAUCCGAUCUCGACGGCGCACGUCCCGCAGCAGUCGCAUUCUAUCCAGCCACUGCCUCACUGACCCACCCCCAGUCCUGGGCACCUACUCUGUUCAGCGCCCUGCCAUGCCCUGGAUCCGAGAAACCCCGGUGCCCAUCCACGAGGUCUACGAGCGACCCGGCCACGGAGACGGCCACCCAGCGCCGGCCGUCGGCCCGGUCUCCCAUCUGACCAUCGAAGCCGACGGCGUCGACCCCACGUACUACCCCACCUUCGAUCUGAUGCGCUAUGAUCAAUUGGCAUCAUAUUCUCCCCUGGGCUCGACAUUCCACCUCUACGAUCGAGCCAGCUCGGCUCGGGAGUACGCACGCGCGGAUGGCUCAGACUCGAAUCAUGAUGCAGAGACGGAGGGCUCUGAGCAAACAACAAUAUGUGUCAUGUCGGGCUAUUGGCAUAUUCUGGGAAACCGCCGGACCUGUCUGGAAAUCAAGACCUUUCCUCCCCCCAUCGUCGGCGACCCUGACGACCAGAGCAUCUUUUUGAGCUCCCUGUCGAACCAGUCGAUCCAGAUUCACCUUCCCGAGCCGGCCCUGCCAGAUCCUGCUCUAUUUUACUGCAAAGAAACCCAGUCGAUCCUGGUCCACGUAGUGCUCGCAUCUGGCGAGCUGCGGCGCUUCCAGAUCUCCGUCGUCGAGGCGCAGGACGUGGUGCUCAGCGAGCUCACUCCCGUGGUCUUUGACCCUGCACUCUCGGAUCCUGGGACCAAGCCCAGGCUGCCGGUGCUGGUCUCCAUGCCGGAUGUCAACCAAGCCUGGGUCUCGUUCUCGGACGGAGCGCUUCUCUAUCUCGAUAUUCGCAAUGGAUUAGAAGCCCAGGUCAUCCUACAAGACAGCCCGAACUUGAUGGGCAAGCUGACCUCGCUGGUCCCCAAGCUACUCCAGAGCAAGCUCUAUCGCCAAUCCUCAAUCCAGGCUGCCGAAAUCGAGGAGCCGGACUGGCCCGUCUCGCUUGUGACCGAGGAGAAUCUUCCGGUGGCCGUGGUGCUGACGCGCGAGGGCCGCAUUCGAGUCUGGGAUGCUGUCCAAAAACGAUGCUUGAAGAGCAUCCAGUUGGAACAGGAGCUGCUGACAACGGUGGACGAGAGCAUGCAGAGAAUCUGCUCGUUUUCCAAGGUCUCGCAAGAAGCUCGGUACCACAUGAAAGCCUUUGACUGGAUCGUCGACGACAACACCGGCGACCAGAGCUUCAAGCUAGCUCUGCUGAUUCCGACCGCGCACUCGGCAGCGCCCAUCCUGCUCGUGAGCCAAGUUCAGUAUACUCGUGGAACUGCCGACAUCAGCCCUAUUCACAAAUCGAUAUGCCACUGGGAUGACGAUGCCGGAACCACCAUCGCCGAUCAUCUGGUCGACUUUUUCGUUGUGCCGUCCUCGUGUCUGGGCGGCAACGUUCUGUCGGCUCAGCCCGGCGAUCCGACUGUUGUCGACAGGUCCUGGGCCAUCUGUGGCGCCUGGGAGCGCCAGUGCCAGAGCUAUGCGCGCUACACACACAUUAUUUUAACCACCGCCGGUCCCGAGGUGCCUUCCAAGCAUAUAACCCCGCAGCGGUGGAUCUCGAUCUGGACUCGGCCGCGACAAUUGCUGGACGUUCCAGAAUCGGAGCAGCGCAUUCAAGCCAACGAUAUUGACGAGCUCUUCCUGAAGCACCUGGUCGCCAGCGAACGAUUCAGUACAACCGUUCUGCACAACGUCCUGGAGCAGUACGUCGAGUUCUAUAGCGUGCCUCUGCCUGACCUGAUCAAGAUUCCUCUGGGCCGGUGUAUCACGAUGGCAGUGCACGAAGCCGUAAAGCAAGCCACGGACCUGUCGCCUAUAGACGAUCAAGUCCUUCUUGAGGCCGCCCAGAUCCACCACGAAGAGCUCCGAGAGAAAUGGGGACGGUUCCUGGCCAUGUGCAUCGAGCUCGACAUUGUCGAAAACACGCCGCUCGGUCUGGGCAUCAACCCGAUCACAGGGCUUGUCACCAUGGUCAAGCGUGGCGGCUUCAGUAUUCUCCGUAUGUGCGAUGCUUCCGAGGUCUUGUGCCUGCAGCAGAACGCUGUCUCUGGAGGAUUCGACUCGUCGGCCUUUGCCAUGCUGGCACCCUCGUGGCUGAAGCGAUACCCGGGCCUCUGCUCAAGUCAGUUCCGACACAAUGCCACCGUCUUCUUUGACGUUGUUGACCACGUCAACCAAGUGGUCCACCCAUGCGACAUCAAGGCCUUUGAAGAGGAUGUCGCGUAUAGCCUCUCAAGCCACGACAGCGUCGGCAUGACGAUAUCAUACGUGGCCUCGCUCUACAGCAAACACUUCCAUGAACUCGCGCGAAGCCCCGAGGACGUCAAUGCGCUUCUGCGUGAGCUCAGCGGAAUCGAAGAGUUUCCUGUGUGGUACACCGAGAUGAUUGAUCUUCUCGGCGGCAAGGAUGCGCUUUCGACUACAAGCACCCCCUGGCAGUGGCCGUCUUUCUCGGACGGGCAGCGCUCCGACAUGAUGCAGUUGAUCUUUGUCGCCAGUCAGAAGCAGAUCAUCGAGUCCAGAUACGAGCUCUGCCGCAACUUUUUGGUGUUCCUGACGGUCCUGAAGAGCCAAGGCCAUCGCUUGGGUCUGCGGUUCGAGGUGCCCAAGGUCACUUUUUUGAGCACGUGUGUGCUGUUCCAGUCGCUUUACUUUUUGAAGUGGAGCGGCGAGCGACGCACGCGCCGGUCUCUCCCGCGGCGGGACGAGAUUGGCGUCGAAGGCCGUCUGCAAACGCUCAGUCUCGCUGGCAGCCAUCCCGAGUACCAAAGUGACCUCGUCCUGGCCAAGAUCAUCAACUAUCGGCUCUGUCAUCGCGACCAACCAUCGGCCAGCUUCGAAGAGGGCCUGUUUAGCGAAAUUACGGCUGUUGUCAGCGCACGCAUGGCCAAGCUCGAAAUUCUGGCGCCGGUGUCGCUGCGAACCAGCAACGUAUUCAAGAACACACAGGAAGACCAGGUCCGACGGGGUUACUUUGAACUAUUGCUCCCGAUCUGGCGACUGGGCGAGUAUGAGCUCCUGUCCGAGGGCCUGAAGAUGGUGCCCUUCUGCGGAUGCACCGGCGUGAGCGCCAAGGGGCCGGGUAGCGGGAUCAUGUAUCUCGCUGGUAUCACGAAGCUCGAACUCGGCGAGAUCGAGAGAUCCAAGACAUAUCUUGAACGGGCAGUGCUAUCGUUUGACGAGGCCAGUCGCAAGGACCUGGACAUGCUCCACCCAGGUUUUGCACAGUCUCUGAACCUUGAGGCGUACUAUGAGCACAUCAUUCGAAUCUACGAACAGAAGAAGAUAUCCGACGGCGUUGUGCACUUUGUGUUGCUUGCAAUGUCGAUUGCUGUCCCGGAGAAGAUGAACCGCUAUCGCAUGCGGCUGUUCCAUGAAUAUUUGGAGCUGCUGGACUUUGAUGCAGCCUACACGGCCCUCAUGUCCAAUACAGAGCCGACCAGCCAAAAGAACUGCCUCGAGCGAUUUGUGACUAAGCUCUGUGAGCACGGCGAGAUCGAGGCGCUCUGCACAAAGUACUCGUUCUCCGGGCUCGGAACCGAUGUCGAGAGAUUCCUCAAGUUCAAGGCCAGCACGCAGGUGCUCGGGCCAGACCGACGCAGCGAUGCAGUGAACUCGGGCGAAGUGCCCAACUACUAUCGCAUCCUGUACAGCUACUAUGUAUUCCGGGGCGACUUUCGCAGCGCCGGGCUGGCGAUGUAUGAGAAUGCCUGUGCCCUCGCUUCGAUCAAGCUCUUCCAAGGAUCCCGCCUCCAUGAGGGACCUGGUGCUGGCGACCUGUCCGUUCGCCACCGCCAAAGCAUCCAGCCGUCGUCGGUGGUUACAGAGAAGGAAAUCACCACUCUUACCCGGCAGCAGGCCGAGUGCUACCUCGUGGCUAUCAACAUUCUAUCGCUCCUCGAGCCAUCAGAGGCCUUCUUGUUGGUGGAGACAAAGUCAUCCUCGCUGGAGGACCCAUGCGAAUGGAAGGUCGGAGCAAACCGCAAGCGUCAGAAGAUCCUGGAAACGGAUGUGAAUGGCCAGGGCUCUGCUCUGGAUGGCAAGACCACCAGGAUGGUGACUCUCCAGGACCUGCGCCAAGGGUAUAUCCUCACGCUGGCCAAGCUUGAGCUGUCAGCCCUUCCGAUGACAUCGUACCUGGCGAGCUCGACUCUGCCACUCCGGCCACAGUCAGCUGUAGAUCUCUAUAUCCAUGCAAGCCAGUUCGAUCAGGCCUUCAGUAUCGCAAAGCUAUUCGAUCUUGACAUGAAGUCCAUUUUUGAGAACUGUGCCCGCAAGUGCAUCAAGAUGGCUUGGGCGGAACGGAACCAAACCGAAAUCGCCGACGAAGACUAUGAGAUUCUCAAGGAGCGGCCGGCAUCGUGGGAGGGCACGGCGUCGCGCUCGGCCUGGCGGCUGCUCGAGAACUAUCUUCGCCUGCACGACCGGGCUGAAGAUGGGCUCGUGCACCGCCGAGCAGUUGUGGAGGUGGUCCUGCGAGAAGACCCCUCAAGCAUGCCUGUGUGGCUCCGCGACUCGUUUAUGACCAACCGCCCUGAGGAGCUGCUCAACGCCUAUCUCCGGAACAACCUCGUCGAGGACGCCGUCCGGUUUGCCACGCGAUAUAUCGCCGAGUAUCUCCGGUCCGCCGAACUCCGAGCUGGCCAGACGCAACAGGCCGAGCUGUGGCUCCCAUACACCACGAUCGAUCGGGUGGCCGCCAGCGCCAGCGUCAUCCUCCAGAGCCAUGGCGGAGAUUCCCUCGACAGCCUCAAGGCGCUCACGGAGCGAUUGACGCAGGCGCUUGAUGGGUACCUGAGCUUUGUCGGGCGCGAGAGCCGGGCAUGAGCAACAUGCGAGCGCCGGGCAUGAGCAACAUGCGAGCGCCGUGCGGGCAUCGUGAGAACGUCGCGAGCACCAGACGCAGAAUAGAGUGCGCCCCAAAUGAAACGGACCACCCUGUUUUUGCAAUU